AGCUUCCCACCUCGCACUAUAUAAAGGGCGUGAUGCAACGUAAGUACGAGAUCUGUAAGUUUUCUCUGAAACUAAAUAGACUCAUAAGCUGGAAGAGAAGAAAAAUAUUAUAUCGGACAACGGUUUCUUGACUUACAGAGCGACAAAAAGAAAGUACUAUGAUGCUUCAUUACCCUGGCUUGGGUCCCUCAGAAAUCAGUGCUACUGCAGUGGUACCUUGUUUGUCUCCUCCGGUGUCAUUCGGCUUUGAAGAAUUCACAAAUUUGACCCCUUUGGUAAAGGAAGAGCUGAGGUUCGCAAUCCAUAACAAGCGUCUAGCAAACGGAAUGAACUCGACAAUGGAGUGCAUGACCAUGAACACUGAAAGACCCACAGAACAUCCACGUGUAAAGAAAGAGAUUGCCCCUGAAGAAAGCGAAAGGAGAAAACGACGAAGGGAAAGAAACAAAAUAGCUGCCGCCAAAUGCAGAAACAAAAAGAAGGAGAGGACAGACAUCUUACAGAAAGAAUCAGAAAAACUGGAAUCCAUCAAUGCUAGCCUCAAAUCCCAAAUCGAGGAGCUGAAGUCAGAGAAGCAACAGCUGGUCUACAUGCUAAACCUGCACCGACCGACCUGCAUUGUCCGAGCUCAGAUCGGAAGGACCCCAGAGGAUGAGAGGAACCUCUUCAUUCAACAGAUCACUGAGGGAACGCUGCAGGGCUAGACAACCCAGAUUUAAAAAGACUGAAAGGCAACUUAUUGUCUGUCUUCAUCUGUGGACACCACUAUCUAAUGUCCUGAUGAUCUAGCAUCGUCUGCUGCAUUUAUCAUAUCAACCUGCUGGCAAAGACAUUAGGAAGAAGAAUCUGCACUUUAUACACAAAAAGGACCUUGGCCCAGUAGGGACUGCUGUAAACUGUAAAAAUGGGCUGAUGUACUGAACAGCCAGUAGCCUAAGUUAACUGAAGGUUGUAUUUUACUAUCUGGGGGAAGUAUAACAAACACUCUACUCUAAGUUUGUACUAAUUAAUCUAUAUUAGAGAUAUGUAUCUUCAUGCUUGCCCUGCACUAGUGACAAUUGGUGCUACUACUAAGGAAUAGAUAACCUAAAGUCUAUGGAUAGGUAAUGUCUGUCUUUUCUGGCAAGGAGGCACUUUUAACUGUCUGAUAGCUUACGAGUUGUGUGUUAUAUCAUUUUGUUGUAGUCGAGCUGUUUUUUUUUUUUUUUUGUGGUUGGAAACAUAGGUUGGCCUUGAUUUAAAAUUUGAAUCCUGAUUUUUUUUUUCUUUUUUUUAACAUAAAUCUUUCAUACAACUUUCUUUAUGCCUAAUUGAGUCACUGUAGCUGGACGAGUCCCAUGGUCAAAACUAUUCCUUUCAAGUUUGCAAUGGGGUGGUACGGAUUCAUGAUCAAGGUUUCCUGAAUGCAUGAUUACACACAGUAUCUUUACAAUGUGGUUAUGCAUUUACACUAAUGAAUGGCAGAUUAUUGUGUGAUAUUUAUGGUAAUACUAAAAUCCAUUUUAGAUACACAUGCAAUAAAUGAGAAGCAAACUAUUAAAAUAAACGCAACUUCAAUCUCGGGGGGAAAAAAAAAGCUUGCAAUCAAUUUCAGUACUAAAAACUCCUAUGUGUUCUAAAUUAAAUAAAACUAAAACUCAGAGUGAACUGUUAAAUUGUGAUUCAAGAGAAGUAAAUCCUUUACAAUAAGGGUCAGUUAAGGUAGCAUACAGUAGCUGUUAUAAGAAAGAAUUAUUAAAGACGCAGGCGUCCUGCUUUUUUUUGGCUUACUUCUAUUAUUAUUGCAUAGUAUAGUUAAUCUACCUAUCAGCAUGCUAGUCGUGACUAAGGUACUACUGAAUAUUUUAACAGAAAGGGAAGCUAAACUGUUUGAGUCCAUUUCUUUGUGUGAUUAAAUUGUGUUAAACCAUUGGUGGUAUUAUUCUGGGUUCAAACUGUCAAAACUAUUUAAGAGUAAUAGGCUUAAGCACUUCAUGGAUGUUAAAUUCAUGUCUAUUGUAUUCAGGUAAAACCUAAGAUACUCUACAGAAAUGCAUUAAGGAGACAUUUCUAUACUGUGUAUGUGAAUUGUUUUUGAUACUUUAAUAAAAAAAGACAUUGUUCAUUAA